CUCCACAUCAAAGGGUGGUGGAGGCUCGUUUCUCGUUUUUCGGUCGUUGGUGGACCAUAUGGGCCUUGUCUUUCAACACAAUCUAGUGAUAUACAGCGGUCAUAGAAUCGCUCAUACGUUGAGUCAUCAAACGAUUGCUCUCUGUACCCAGUAUUUGUGGAGCAACCAUCGACCGGCUUGAUCAAGACUGGCAUCAUUUCCAAUCAAAAAAGCUAAAUAUAAUAUAAUAUAAAUACAGUCGUUCUAUCUAUGAAAACGUGCACAUAUCAUGUUCCCUUUUAAUCUUUUGUAAGGGUACGAGAACAGAGCCGAAUCCAUAAUAAUUAGCACCAUCGAUAGCAUAAUAAUGGCACAUAAAGGCAUAAAUUAGGAACCGAACGAGCACGACCUUUGGCUUCGAUUUCGUCGGCCCGCACGUAUUGGGAGUACUUUUUCCAUCAAAGGGUUGUGUAUUGUGUGGCUCGAAGCGCCAUAAAUUAAGGAACGCCUGAGGGCCCCGCCGCAAACUCGGAACGAAAGCGCAGCGCAAUGGCCAAAUUCCACCGCGUGUGGUCCAUUCUCCUUCUUCUCACUGUGGCCCUGGUGCUCGUUUGGCGGAACUUGCAACAGGCUCAGCGUCUGGCACAGCCACAGAUAUCCAGCAGGAGCAGCAGCAGCAGAUCGUCCUUUUCCAUAUAUAAUCAACCCAACGAAUCUUUGUACACCACCGAGCGAUACUACGAGGAUUAUCCGCAAAUAGAACAUCCUCCCAUCCCUCCUCUGACACCGCGCGGGCAAAUCCUGCAGCAAUUAUUGAAAUGCCGCUCACGCAAUCUGACAUUCGCGAGGCUGCAACAUGGGGAAUACUGGCUCUUGCAGAAUCUGAUUAUUGGCCGCAAGAGUCGUCUGAUGCGAUGUACGGAGUCUAUAACCUACACCACGAAUGGGGAUUAUAAAUUCUUUGAUAAUCUGGAAAUGGUGGCCGAACGUUGGCGCGCCCCCAUUAGCUUUGCCAUCCACGCCCCUGGCUAUGAUCUAAACACCACACUGGACUCGAUUCAAUAUGUGAAAAACUGUCUACCGGGCAGCGAAUACAUCAAUGACUAUGUGACAUUUCAUGUAUAUUUCUCCAAUUUGCAUAUGCCCGAAUAUGUGCCGUACGACGAGGCAGCUGUGCUGGAGAGGCCCUACUUUUGUGAGCUGAAGAAUGGUACCAAAGCGCCGCCGCCAUGGACUUUGAUACCCCGGGAGGCCAUGUACAAGAUGUCAGCAAAUCUAACAUAUCCGAUUAAUGUCGGUAGGAAUAUAGCACGACAGGCGGCCACAACGUACUUCAUCUUCGCCUGCGACAUCGAACUGUAUCCGAGUUUGGGAUUUGUGGAGCAGUUUCUCGACAUGGUUGCCGCCAAUCAUAGCAUUCUGGCACUGGACCCCCAGAAGCCACGAAGGGUCUAUCCUUUGCCCGUUUUUGAGAUCGAGUCGGGCGCCCCUAUUCCCAAUGACAAGGCGGAACUGUUGGCCCUCUACCGCGAUGGUAGGGCUCAACCUUUCCACAUGAAGAUGUGUUUUUCUUGUCACACAGUACCCGGACAGCAGGAUUGGUUAAAUCGGGCGCCCAGUGUCACGGAUGAGCUCCGGGUGUGGAGCGUAUCAUUGCGGGAGAAGGAUUUUAAGUACUGGGAGCCUUUCUAUGUGAGCGACAAUCAGGAGCCAAUGUUCGAUGAGCGAGUGACGUGGGAGGGACAAUCGAACAAACGUAUACAGAACUAUGCCAUGUGCCUCUUGGGCUACGAAUACCAUGUCCUACAUCCCGCCUACCUCGUCCAUAGCCCUGGCAUCAAGAAGAACGCAAGCUCGAAAUCAUCUCGCAGGACAUUCGCCAGAGAAAUGACAAGAUUCAUUAAGAAAAAGGUCGAGCCAGAGUACCAAGUGUUGUAUGGCAGAAAAAAUGCCUGCGUCACGUGACACAAACACCAGAAUUUCGUUUCAGAAAGUGAUAUUCUCCAUUUACUUGCUAAGUGUUUUAUAUUAAAAUUUGUCAUAUGUAAAUAUCGAGAACAUAAGAUCUUU